CGCCCUACAUAACGCUCUUUCCCGCUCACAAUCCCUCGCUGAAAAUUCAAGCGUUACAAUACAUUUUCUCUUUAGCUACUUUUGCCAUCGAUUCCCUCAUCUAAUUUAUUUUGGCUUUCCAUCUGGGAUUGGAUCUCUGAUCAUCAAUCAUCGGGUUCGGUACUCAGCGACUACAAAUAUUGCCGGCUCCAUGUCAAAUCAUUAUAGUGAACACUUUGCGCGCAUUGAAAAAUCUUGCGGCUCUUUACUGUGUGAAUUACAGAAAAUACGGGAUGAAGUUGGAGAGGCUGAUGAUGAAUGGGAUACAACGCUUUUUGAAGUUGAACGAGAAUGCCACCAGGUCUACACGAAAAGAAUAGAAGAGGCUAAAGAAUGUAGAACUAAAUUGCAACGAGGAAUUGCCAGUGCCAUGGCAGAACUUUCAGAUAUCUUUACUUCUAUGGGAGAGAACUCGGUGCGUUAUGAUUUGAAGCCUGGUGGGAACUUGAAGGAAGAGCUUGAAGCCAUUAUUCCACUGUUGGAGGAUAUGCGUUGGAAGAAAGUGGAAAGAACUAAUCAAUUUGUUGGAGUUGUAGAGCAGAUACAAAAUCUAUCAAAUGAGAUUUUGGGGGUUAAAGAACAAAAUGGAAAUAAGGUGUUUGUUGACGAGACCAAUCUGUCACUAAGAAGACUUGAAGAAUUGCAUAGUGAGCUGCUUGAUCUUCAAAAUGAGAAGAUCAAACGUUUGAAUCAGGUGCAAGACCACUUAUAUACUAUAAACUCACUGUGCACAGUUCUUGGUAUGGAUUUGAAACAAACAGUUUGCAGAAUCCACCCUAGCUUGGAUAAUUUGAAUGUAGCAAAAGAUGUAAGUAACAAUACCAUUACAAGGUUGGUUGCUCAAAUUCAAAGCCUGCAGGAGCUAAAGCUAAAGAGAAUGCAGAAGAUUCAAGAUCUUGCAUCUGCUUUGUUGGAGCUUUGGUAUCUGAUGGACACGCCAAUGGAGGAACAACAGAUGUUUCUGAAUGUUUCCUGUAAAAUUGCAGCUUCUGAACCUGAAUUUAAAGAGCCCAAUAUGCUUUCCCUUGACUCUAUUAAAAAGGUUGAGGAGGAAGUGUCUAGGCUGCAGUUACUCAAAACAUGUAAAAUGAAGGAAAUUGUUCUGAAAAAGAAGGUUGAAUUAGAGGACAUGUGCAGAAGGACUCACAUGGUAAUGGGAGCACUUAUUUCAAAAGAUUACUCGAUUGAAGCUAUGGAAUCUGGUGCCAUUGAUCCUCUGUACUUGUUGGAAAACAUUGACCUUCAGAUUGCUAAGGUUAAAGAGGAAGCUGUCAGCCGCAAAGAAAUACUUGAGAAGGUGGAGAAGUGGUUGGCUGCUCGUGAAGAAGAGAGCUGGUUGGAAGAGUACAAUAGGGAUGACAACCGUUAUAAUGCUGGAAGAGGAGCACACCUCAUUCUGAAACGGGCUGAGAGAGCUCGAACCGUUGUUAACAAAAUUCCUGCAAUGGUGGAGGCUUUGACUUCAAAAACUAUAGCUUGGGAGAAAGAGAGAGGGGCUGAGUUCUUCUAUGAUGGAGGACGACUUCUUACUAUGCUCGAGGACUACAGCAGCCUAAGGCAAGAAAAAGAAAUACAGACGCAGAGACACAGAAACCAAAAGAAAAUUCACGGGCAGCAGAUGACAGAGCAAGAAGCACUCUAUGGUUCAAAACCCAGUCCAUCCAUGACCGGGAAAAAGGCUUCUAGAACUCCAACAACCGUUGCCAAUCAUAGGAAACUCUCAUUUGGUGGAGCAAUGCUUCAGCAAGUAAAGCGUGAGAAACCUGCUAGCCAUCUCAAACCCAAUAAGAAAGCUGAUUAUAUGAACGAAAACAGCUUGACAAAUCAUCAGAGAUCCACUGGCUUUACAACUCACUCAGGAAGGAGAAACUCGGAGGUUCCUGGUCGUGUAGAAAAAAAGCAGCCUCUAAGUGCAGCAAAGAUGCGUGUGAUUGAACCACCGGCAGUUCGGAAGCCUCUUUCUUCGGUUUCUUUUGCGGUGAACAACAAUGCUAACGGUGUGAAUCCCAUUGAAGAUCAGAAAAAAGUGCAGAACGAACAAAAAUCAAGCCCCGGUUGUAAGACACCGAUGGCUAAGGCUUCCAAGACAACUUUGAAUGAAGAUGAAAAGGGAACCCCUGAAACAAUGCCUAUCCCAAUGCCAAAAACUCCUUCAACGGUGUCAGCUCCCAUGCUUAUGGCAACAACACCGGCUACUCCAGCAACCUUGGGUGCUUAUAAAUUUGGAAAGAUACUUGAACAAGUUCAACACAUUGAAUACUCUUUUGAAGAGGUUAGAGCUGGGUUUCUUCUGUCUUAAAGCUCCUAAAAAACGAGCGGUAAUGAAUUCCUA